AUGGAGCCCGAACCGGACCCCGGGACCGUGGAGGUUCCCGCUGGGCGCGUGCUCAGUGCCCCCGAGCUCCUUGCCGCGCGAUCGCGGUCUCAAAAGCUGCCCCAGCGAUCGCAUGGCCCCAAGGACUUCCUCCCCGACGGCUCGGCGGCCCAGGCCGAGCGGCUGCGCCUGUGUCGCCAAGAGCUCUGGCAGCUGCUGGCCGAGGAGCGCGUGGAGCGCCUGGGCAGCUUGGUGUCCGCCGAGUGGAGACCGGAAGAGGGCUUUGUGGAGUUGAAGUCUCCUGCGGGUAAAUUCUGGCAGACCAUGGGCUUCUCAGAGCAGGGCCGGCAGCGGCUUCACCCCGAAGAGGCUUUGUAUCUGCUGGAGUGUGGCUCUAUUCACCUCUUCCACCAAGACUUGCCGCUGUCUAUCCAAGAGGCCUACCAGUUGCUGCUGACAGAUGACAGCUUGACUUUUCUGCAGUACCAGGUCUUCAGCCACCUGAAGAGACUGGGCUAUGUGGUUCGACGAUUUCAACCAAGCUCUAUCCUGUCUCCUUACGAGAGGCUGCUGAACUUGGAUGGCUGCGCCCAGCGCCUAGAUGAUAGGACUGGCAAGAGGAAGAGGAGUGCCAGCUCUAGGUCUGUUAAUAAGAAGGCCAAGGCUCCGGAGAACUCCCUGCCACCCUGGAGCCUGGUGCCUUCCAGCCCACCUGCCUGUGACCAGAACAACCAAUGUCCAGAGGAGAAAUAUCAGGAGUCAAGCCCCAGGAAAGGCCCAGGAGGCCCCUUUCAGCCUCUGGAGUCCCUGGAUCCCUGCCCUAGUCUGCCUAGAAAGGGUGUAGUAUGUAGUCAGGAAAGUGACAAAGUAGAGAACGGAGUUAAGGGGGCUUGUAAGCCACGCUGGAACUUUGAGCAGAUCUCGUUCCCCAACAUGGCUUCAGAUAGCCGCCACACCUUCCUGCCUGCCCCAGCCCCAGAGCUGCUCCCCGCCAAUAUCACUGGGCGGGAGAUAGAUGCUGAGUCCUGGUGCCAGAAGCUGAACCAGCGGAAGGAGAAGCUCUCCCGAAGAGACAGGGAACACCAAGCAGAGGCCCAGCAAUUCCGGGAGGACCUAAAUGCAGACCCCGAGGUGCAGCGUUGCUCUAGCUGGCGUGAGUACAAGGAGCUGCUGCAGAGACGACACCUGCAAAAGAGCCCUAGCUGCCCCCCACACCUGUGGAGCCAGCCCGUCACCCCCUUGCUGAGCCCGAGCCAGGCAAACUCUCCAGCCAUGGUUCUUCAGCAUAUCUCCGUGCUGCAGACAACACACCUUGCAGAUGGAGGUGCCCAACUGCUGAAGAAGCCCAGAGGCUUAGAGAUCAGCUUUGAUGUUUACCAGGCUGAUGCUGUGGCCACAUUCCGAAAGAACAACCCUGGCAAACCCUAUGCCCGGAUGUGCGUUAGUGGAUUUGAUGAACCUGUCCCAGACCUCUGCAGCCUCAAGCGGUUGUCCUACCAGAGUGGGGAUGUCCCUCUGAUCUUUGCCCUGGUGGAUCACGGUGACAUCUCCUUCUAUAGCUUCAGGGACUUCACGCUGCCCAGCGAUCUGGAACACUGACCACACAGCUGGGGUUGGGGAGGGGGUGUAGGAGGGAAGCUGCAACCUGCUCUGGGGCACCUGGACUGUGUUCUCAGGGACCGUGUCAGCUGCCUCCUGUACUAAACUUACAUGGAGCAAUAGUGGUCUCUGUGGGCCUUGGCCCUGGGCAUCCGAUGCUUGCAGAAAAAUGAAACCCUGACCUGUGCCUCUACUUACCUGGCCUCUGCUGCGCUUUCAAGCCCCACACCUGAGCGCUGCCUUGCAGUGACCCCCUUGGAACUCAGGACUCAAUUUCAGAGGCCCAGGAGGUGGGGCAAAAGAGCGGACUCUGUGCCUUUCAACGAGGGUGCCUGCUUCAUGCCAUAAAAAGC